AUGUCGAACUGGGAAGAAGAAUACGCCCGAGAUGCAUCGUCUUUCCUCAACCCAGCCAGUGGCACAUCAGGGGCCUCAGGUUCAAGCCGACCGCGAUACGCCGAUUCGAAUGCACUAGGACUUGGGCUAGCCGACCGCGACGAUGAGGACGUGCCGAUGGGUGGUGUCGAUGGGGAUGCUGGGGAAGCCAUGGACCCAACAUCCAUGGCUAUACGCGAAAUCAUAGAAGAGGGGAGCGCAGAGGCCAAUACGCCUUUGCAACAGUUGAUUCGCCAUUGGAUGAACGAAAGGCAUGCGCCUGACAUCUUACCUGCGCAGGAAGAGCUAUUGUCUGGACUAUUGGAUCAUCUGAGAUUACAGUCGAGGAACGUCCAGAUUUUGAGAGACGACCCACGUACCUCUGAAUCUGAGCACUUUCGGAUUAUGCUAGUACAGACUGAAAUCGAACGAGUGAAGUUUAUCAUUCGAUCGUAUAUUCGUACGAGAUUGUACAAGAUUGAACGAUAUGCGCGAUUUAUCACGUCAGAUGCGGAUGUCCAGACGAGGAUUACAGCGUCGGAGAGAGAACACGCGAGCCGGCAUGCGAAGCUGACUGAACAACAUCUCUACCUAUCGGUUCUUCAAAGUCUUCCCGAAGCCCAGUCGCAUCUGGACGAUACACCGGUGUUUUAUCCUUCAAUGGUCACCCAACCAGACAAGACGCGUCCUGUCUUUGUCCACGCGCUGCAGGAGUGCCCACCCAUCCGACUACCAGACGGCAACUCGAUGACGAUGAAAAAGGGUCAUAUCGUCUUGACGCAGUACCAAGUUGUGGAACACCUGGUGGCGAGAGGGGAAGCCGAGCUCGUCUAG